GGUUUGUUCUUAGGCCAAAACAAGCUCGGUCGAGGCUUAAUAGAGAGGAUGACGCUAAAUGUAACGUGUUCAGUGAUAGAAUAUAUAUAUAUUUGUAUUUAGAUUAGGUUUAUGUAUGUUAUUACAUAGUUUAUUUAACUUCUGCCUCGGGUCACUUCUUGUGAUUUUAAAAUCAGUUGCACUGGCAGUAGCGGAACACCCCCGUGGCGUUGAAGAAGUGGGACGGUCGGCCCGUGUCCUCUUCCCUCAUUCAAUGGUGUUGCAGCGAAGUAGCACUUUCCUCUUGACUUUAACUCAGUUCACUGUGACUUUAUUGCCCGCAGUAGCGUCGAGUCUCGCGUCGCUGCGUCCGUGCACCACGCAACACAGUGCUCCUUUCAGUAAGUUAUGAGGAGAGGAAAACUUAACUCGCUAGGCGUUUGCGAACGACGAGAGCCACAUGGACACGGGCGACGGCAGAGGGAGAAGGAGAAGCGUGCGGACGUGCAGGAGAGCAGGAGCGCGCGGCGCUAAAAUGAAACGGGAAGUGGGCAAAGUUUUAGGGACGCUGUCCGUGGAGAACACCGAGGACAAGCAGGUGCCCAUGGAGGAGGGGGACGACGAGGAAGAGGAGGAGGAGGAGGCGAACUGCUUGUACACGAACUUAUUCCGAAGCGACACGACGCGGAGGAAGACUGCCGGAGCGGCGGCGGCGACGGCGGCGACGGCGGCCCCGCGCUACAGCCUCCUGCGCGAGGUGGGCCGAGGUAGCUACGGCGUGGUGUACGAGGCCGUGGCGCGCGGCUCCGGCGCCCGUGUCGCCGUCAAGAAGCUGCGCUGCGACGCGCCCGAGAACGUGGAGCUCGCGCUCGCCGAGUUCUGGGCGCUCGCGAGCCUCGAGAAGCGGCACGAGAACGUGGUGCAGCUGGAGGAGUGCGUGCUGCAGCGGAACGGCCUCGCGCAGAAGAUGAGUCACGGCGACAAGCGCUCGAAGCAGUACCUGCGCCUGGUGGAGACCUCGCUCAAAGGCGAGCGGGUUCUGGGUUACCCAGAGGAGCCUUGCUACCUCUGGUUUGUGAUGGAGUUCUGUGAGGGCGGGGAUCUCAACCAGUUUAUCUUGUCCCGCCAACCAGACCCCCGGACCAACAAGAGCUUCAUGCUACAGCUAACCAGCGCUGUGGCUUUCCUGCACAAGAACAAUAUUGUGCACCGAGACCUCAAGCCUGACAACAUUCUCAUCUCAGAAAAGUCCGGUGUACCUGUGCUCAAGGUGGCAGACUUUGGCCUGAGCAAGGUGUGUGCAGGUCUUGGUGGCUUAGGCAAAGAAGGGGAUGACAAAAAUGUCAACGUGAAUAAGUUUUGGCUGUCGUCGGCCUGCGGUUCAGACUUCUACAUGGCACCAGAGGUGUGGGAGGGCCAUUACACAGCAAAGGCAGAUAUCUUUGCCCUGGGUAUCAUCAUCUGGGCCAUGUUGGAGAGGAUCACCUUCAUUGACGCUGAGUCCAAACGGGAGCUCCUCGGCACCUAUGUUAGGCAGGGCACCGAGAUUGUACCUGUGGGAGAAGCGUUGCUGGAAAACCCAAAGAUGAUUCUCCACAUCCCGCAGAGGCGGAGGAGCUCCAUGUCGGACGGGAUCAGACAGCUCUUGCAGGACAUGCUGGCUGUGAACCCUCAGGAUCGGCCUGAUGCCUUUGAGCUGGAGAUCAGGAUGGACCAGGUUACAUGUGCUGCUUAACAUUUGGAGGCUGAAUGACAGCAUGAACUUCUUUUGUACCAGAUUUGUUUACUUCAGAACCUUGGGAUCCCACGUCGAGGUGAAAAAGGGACUCGACCCUGUGAACUGUGAAGCUUUCACGGUGAUGUAAUGUGAAGAGGAGCUAUUCCACACAUCUGUAAUCAGGACUCGACCAAUGGGAAAGCUAUGCAAUUACAUUGCACAGAUUGUCAUUCCCCCCAUUGUUUUGGAGGUCUGAAAUCAAUACGUGUUAAGAAAUAAUAGCCUUGUUUACACACCAGCCAGCGUCCCAACAGAGAGGCUGGUAUUGCUAUGGAAGUGUCACCAGAAGUGUGUAAGUCCUUUAGUUUGCAAUUCUGUUCUGUUCAAUGGGCCCAAAUUGACCUCUCUUUCUAAACCGUAUGCUGCCAUGUUAAUGUUGCUGGAUGAUGAUUAUUUUAGCCUCUCUUUAGGAGCCAGACACACAUCACCUGGUGUAACCUUUACCCACUUGUUUCUCUGCCUUUGAGUCGUGGUGAACUUCUGCUGUGUGCACGGCUUGUUAAGAAUGUGAAUCUGUUGGAUGUGUGGAGUCCUGUGCCUCUCCUUGUGAUUUGGUUACCAAAUAACCCACUCAGAACCCAGCCACAAUUCCCCCCCCCCCCCAAUAACCUGUGUGCCUUAAUUAUUUUCCAUUAUAAGUUUAUGGUUUGUGUUAAUUGUAUUCAGUAUCAUUUUUUCAAGACACUUUAAAAUCACAUGCAGUGUAAUUUCCCCCACAUUUUUAUUGAUUGUCUUUCAGGCCAGCAGUGCCAUUUUUUAUAUAAAUUAAAUGUUAAUGCAAAUUUCAUAUUAGUUCUAAAACCAUGGAUGUUAUUACUGUACAUGCUGUUUUUUGAUUUAUAGCUGUUCAGCUUAUGCUGUUGCCCCAAUUGAAAUGCACCAUUUAAACAGGUUCAAGUAGGCAAACACUUUGCAAGAGCCCUUAAGAGAUUUUAAGAAUAUACUGGACUUGACGUUUGUCGUAAAUGUGUAUAUGUAUAAACAGUGUGGUUUUCUCAAACUUCACUGAGUCAUGUAUCUUCAGAACUGAACAUUAAAAAUGAGACUAGACACCUUUAAAAGCAGCGUACCAUGUCAGGUCUGUAUAGGUGGAAUACCAGGGUGUUUUAGUCCAGUUUGUAUGUUUGCACAUGGUUAAAGGAUAUCUCCAGAGGAGCUGUUCCACUUUAUAGAGGCUUGUAGUACAGAAGGAGAAAUGUAGGUGGAUGACUCCUUACUUUAAUGUACCAGGUGAAUUGCUUUCAUAAGGAUUUCCUCCAUUUUCUGCGUCCAUUUCUACCAUUUGGCAUGCACUUGGCUUUUUAAUAACUGCUUUUUUUUGUAAUACAGAUGACACUAAACAAAGGGAAAAACAGACUAUUCAGGAGUCCCCACUCUGACUUUUUCUCUGAUCUUAGUCUUUUGCCUGCUUUCCCCCAUGGCUCGCUUGAGGGAUGUGUUGUUGAUCAGUGAAUUGAUCUAAUUUUUGCAACAUCUAUUAGCUUUCACAGAUAAUGCCAAAAAGAAAAUGUCAGGAGAUGCUUUGGGAAGUUUCUGAAUGUUCAAAGGCCCAGCUCACUUUUGUUUACUGUGUUUGUAGGCCUCAAUAGAAUUGUUCAGGAACACAGUAUGCUUAAAUUGCACAUAAGUGAAAUGUGUACAUUCAUAAAGCUUUGGCCAGUGUGUGUGCUCUGCUUCUGGGUAUGCUAUCUGAAUACUUUAUCAAGACAUAGGAUUUUGUUUAAACUGUUUUGUCUGUCUCCAUCUGACAGCAUAUUCAUACUUCAAGCAUUGUAAAAAUAUGUGAAUGUGUUAUGUUCAGUUCUGGAUCAGCUUUUCUUGUUGGUUACUUUACAUUUCUGCCCUUUUACUGGGAAAUUUCAUGUCUCUGAACAGGGACCAGUCAGUGCUGAAUAUGGUGGGUGACUUUGGUUGAUUUAUCUCAUUUCACAGUGUUUGUUGUCCUGUGCUGCCCCCAUACACACACAGUUGAAGGGACAAGAAACAACAGAGUGAAUGUUUACAGGCUGGUCAAGUUUUUCACCCAAACAGAAUCAAAACCUCUUUUGGCUGUGUAGCUGUUGGGUGAUAUUUAGUAUUAGAUUGUAAAUCAGUUUUAUUCUGGUUUACAGUGAAGCACUUGAUUUGGGCUAUACAUUGUUUGGUUCUACCUCAUUUUCAAGACUCUUCUGAAGAACUUUUGUUUAAGCCAUUGUGUAUAUACUCCAGGUUCUUUGAGCAAGAAUCUUGCUGUUAGCUGGUAAGUUUUCUCUUGCAAAGUAAAAUUGAUGUAAGAUCUGUUUUUGAUCUUUCCAAUUAUUUGACUGGUGUUUCCUUAAGAUUCAAGGAGAUUCCAGGCUGCUAAAGCUAAACACGCUUCCAUUUCUCGCACAAAACCAGUUUAUUUCUGACACUAUCGCCGCUGCUGUGAUGCACGGUAGAAAUGAGUAUAUGGGCUGAUACAGGGCAGUGUCUUACUGUUCUUUACUGAUAUUGAACAAGAAGGGGUAAAUGACCAAGGCUUCAAGUGCUGUGGCCGGUUAUGUGCGAUGGGGGAAGUUGGAAACUGAGAUUUCUGGCAAGAUCACACACAAAAAAAAAAAAAAAAAAAAACAGGGGAUAUUGAAAUUUUUGGGGUGGUUUCUUUGUCAACCACAGUUUAGUGUAAGAAUAUUAUGAGUUAUGCAAAUGAACAGCUGGACCAUUGAUUUGUUCUUUUGCUAGACAUGUUGGUGUUUUGAACAUCAUAGCUUUAACUGCAGAAAUACUAAAUAUUUAGCUUAAGCCUUUAAAAUUAAUUGAAAAUUUCUAUAGUUCUUAUUCCUCCUUUGCCAUACCUCUACAGCCUCUUACUGCUUCCCUGCAAUUUCAGUGAUCUGCAAGUUAUUCACAACCUUGUUUGGUCAGGGUAGGUAUGCAUUUCUAAAAAAAGAUCAGGAACCUCUUAAUCCUCAAAUCUUGUAUGUGCUUCAUGAAAUGAAACAGUAUCAAACUGGAAAAAUGAAUGUUCUCCCCAAAUAUUUAAUACUGACAAAGUUGCAAGUUAGAGUUUUUUUUUUUUUUUU